UCGCUUCACUUUCUCGAUUUGCACAGUGUUGGUCCAAGAAGAGCGAGUGGCAGCUGCAGCGCUAAUGGAACAACAAGGAGAAUGUGAGGCGCCUGCAGAGAGGAAAGGGCGAUUGACAGCAACACUCAUUCUCGUGACUUUGGUGGCCACUAUAGGGUCAUCGUUCCAAUAUGGAUACAACGUAGCAUCAGUCAAUUCUCCUACUAACUUUAUGAAAAACUUUUACAAUGAAACAUACCUGGAACGUUACGGCUCUAUCCUCAGUGAAAGCCUAGAGACUGUGCUCUGGUCUCUUACUGUCUCUUUGUAUCCCCUGGGUGGAUUCUUUGGGUCGUUAAUGGUAGGACCCCUGGUCAUGAAAAUUGGCAGGAAAGGCACGCUGCUGCUGAACAACAUCUUCUCCAUUGUCCCGGCGAUUUUAAUGGGGACAAGUGUUCUGGCCAAAUCUUUUGAGGUCAUCAUUGCCUGUCGGCUGGUGAUAGGAAUUUGUGCAGGUCUCUCCUCCAAUGUUGUCCCAAUGUACCUCGGUGAAAUGUCCCCUAAAAAUCUUCGUGGAGGCAUUGGUGUGAUGCCCCAACUAUUGAUCACUAUUGGUAUUCUUAUGGCACAGAUCUUUGGAAUCCGUUUCAUCCUUGGAAAUACAAAAGGUUGGCCCAUACUGCUAGCACUCACUGGAAUCCCUGCUGUGCUUGAGCUGAUUUUUCUGCCUUUCUUUCCCGAGAGUCCGAGAUACACGUUGCUGCACAAGGAAAAGGAGGAACAAGCCAAGAAAGACCUACGGCGCUUGAGAGGCUGGGAAGAUGUGGAUAGUGAGAUAAAAGAAAUCUAUCAAGAAGAUCAAUCAGAGAAAACAGAAGGACGUCUUUCAGUGAAAAACCUGUGCUCUUUCCGUCCACUUCGCUGGCAGCUAAUCUGUAUUAUUGUCUUAAACAUGGGACAACAAUUGUCAGGAAUAAAUGCGGUUUAUUACUAUGCCGACACUAUAUAUUCAACAGCUGGAGUUCCGGAUGACACAGUUCAGUAUGUAACCGUAGCAACGGGAGCUGUCAAUGUUGUGAUGACUUUGGCUGCAAUCUUCAUUGUGGACUCCUGGGGUAGACGGUUACUUCUGCUCUUAGGUUUCGGGAUAUGCUGCACUGCUUGUAUUGUACUAACCAUCGCACUUGUAUAUCAGACCAGCGUGCAUUGGAUGCCUUACCUUAGCAUUACCUGUGUCAUCGUCUAUGUCAUUGGUCAUGCCAUAGGACCCAGCCCUAUACCCUACGUGAUCACCACUGAGAUGUUUCGUCAAGCAUCCCGACCUGCAGCCUUUAUGGUGGCUGGCAGUGUACACUGGUUGUCAAACUUCAUUGUUGGUCUUAUCUUUGAAUACCUCAGGAAUGGAUUAGGACCGUACUGUUUUGUCCUUUUUGCUGCCGUCUGUUUAGCUACAUUCCUCUUCAUAUUUUUUGUUAUUCCUGAAACCAAGGGCAAAACGUUCCUGGAGAUCAGUCAGCUGAUGGCAAAGAGGAAUGGACUGGAGGAGAGAACAGACUCCAAGGAAUUCCAAGACCUAAACCCAGUGUUAUGUGACAUGCCACUGGAAAAACAUGAAUUGGCCAUUAAUACUCCACUGUGACCACUUAUUUCCUUAAUGGACUCUUUUCUGCUGCUUGAACAGUAAAGAUUGUCGUGAGGCUCAGUCUUGGAAUCCUUGGAAUUGUAUUAUUGGUCGUCCCCUCUAGUACAUGGACACCUGGAUUGAAGAUAGAGAAACGAGAGUUGCAUACUGUACGGUGGGGAUGGAACAAUGCCACCAUACCAAGAACCCAAGAUAAUUUCACUUGUCAGGCCAAUCAGCGCUGUACUAAUAUAGUAAAUAUAACAAUUCCAGGAACGAUGUGGGCUGGACUGCCUGAUCCACAAAGAAACAGAUAUCGACCUACAUUUGCCUUACAUCAGUCAGAAGGCAAUAUCACAAAUAAUGCUGCAGUAAAUAUAAGUUGCUGCUCCAAACCUUCUAGGUUCCGAUUUCUCCCUAAAGAAGAGAAGAAUAAAGAAUAUAAGAAUUGUUCUAAACAAGGAGCAACCACAUUUCGGUUAGCUGUAAAAGACGUUUUAAUUUUGGUAUGUCAUAAUGCUACUGAAAUAAAAAAUCGAACGUGGUGGGCACAAGA